AUGUCACAUGACGCAAUUUCAAAACGGAAAAUUCUAUCGGACGUUUCUAAAUUAUACGAUCCGUUAGGCUUACUUGGUCCAAUCAUCGUCAUCGCCAAGUUGAUACUACAAGAUCUCUGGCGAGCAGGCAUCGAUUGGGACGAGUCAGUUCCUCAGAACUUACACGCACGAUGGAUUACCUUCAAGUCGCAGUUGACGGAGCUCAACCGACUAGCAAUUCCCAGACGCGUCAAAUACAGCAUUGAACGUCGACAUAUACAAAUACAUGGCUUCUGUGAUGCCAGUCAAAAUGCAUAUGGAGCCUGCGUAACUUCUUUGCUCCAAAUCAAGGAUUGCGCCGUUGAAGGCUGUAUCAUUGCCAAGGUUGGAACUAUCUGCAGCGCUUCUGCUGGCACGGCUGAUGGACAAGUUUUCGUUGCAAACCGCAUAGGAGAAAUUCAACGGUUGACUCAAGCGACGGAUUGGCGACACGUACCGUCCGGUCAAAAUCCAGCCGACUUACUUUCACGAGGUUCAAAUCCAAGCGACUUAAUUCAUGCAACUACUUGGUGGAAGGGUCCCGACUUUCUGCAACACAAUGAGAAUCUCUGGCCCACCAAUCAAUUUCUACGUCAGGAGGACACCUCCGAACUUCGAAAAAUAUACGUUAACAUUGCAGUCGUUGACACCAGUGUCAUAGAAGACACACUCAACAAGCAUUCAAACCUUGACAGAGCCUGUGUGGCAUAUUGCUUGAGGUUCUUACGAAGACCUGCGGGCAUUACAACACACUUUGUCUCCCACGAAGAAACCGCGGCAGCAUUGCAACUAAUGUGCAAGGUUGUGCAACAGCUUUCAUUUCCCGAGGAGUACAAGGCCUUGAGCAGCAACAAGAGCCUCAGUACAUCCAGUGGGAUUUUGACACUCAAUCCAUUUCUCGACGAUGGAUUAAUUAAAGUUGGAGGUCGAUUAAGGCAUUCAAAUCUAACACAGGACGCGCGUCACCCGGUGCUGCUACCGAAAAAUCACGAGCUAUCAAGACGAAUCAUCACGCAAGCGCAUAUACGUAGCUUACAUGCCGACACCCAGGCAACGAUGGCCGCCGUCCGACAGCAAUUUUGGCCUUUAUCAUUGCGAUCUCUAACACGAAAAAUCAUUUUAAGGUGCGUUAAAUGUUUCAAGGUUAAGCCUGUUCAUUCAGAAACCAUUAUGAGCUCCUUACCUCCUAGUCGCAUCACUGUUUCCCGACCAUUCUCGUAUUGCGGCGUGGAUUACGCCGGUCCGUUAACUCUGCGAGAGGGAAAACGCAGAAACGCGCAUACUCACAAAGCAUACAUCGCCAUGUUCGUAUGCUUCGCUACCAAAGCGGUACACAUAGAACUAGUCAGUGAUUUAACCACCGACACGUUUUUAGCAGCCUUCAAAAGGUUUAUAUCGCGCAGAAAAAAGCCUUCCCACAUGUGGGCAGACAAUGGCACUACUUUCGUAGGUUCCCAUCAUCGUUUGCGCGAAGUCUCUAAUUUUCUUGAAAAGGAGUGCACACAAAAUGAAAUCCAGUUAUUUUUGCGCGAACAGCAAAUAACAUGGAACUUCAUACCACCCAACGCUCCACAUUGCGGAGGACUCUGGGAAGCCGCGAUAAAAUCGGCAAAAUUUUACUCAUAUCGUAUAAUCGGCAAUGCUCAUCUAACCUUCGAAGAGAUGCAGACUAUUUUAUGCGAUAUAGAAGCGAUAUUAAAUUCACGGCCCAUCGCUCCAUUGAGCAAAGAUCCCAAUGACCUCGCUUAUUUGAACCCCUGA